AUGGUCAAGCUGUGCUGCCACUGCGGGCAGCAGCGCGCGGUGCUGCGCCGCCCCAAGACCUUUGAGCAGCUCUGCCGCGAGUGUUUCUACGCGGCACUAGAGGAGGAGGUGCACCAGACCAUCGUGGGCGCGCGGCUGUUCCGCCCGGGCGAGCGCGUGGCGGUCGCCGCCAGCGGCGGCAAGGACAGCACUGUGCUGGCACAUAUGAUGACUACGCUCAACCAGCGCCACGGGUACGGCCUGGACCUGUUCCUGCUGUCCAUAGACGAGGGUAUCAGCGGGUACCGUGACGACAGCCUGGACACAGUGAAGCGAAACGAGGCGCAGUACCAGAUCCCGCUGCACGUCUUUUCCUACAAGGACCUGUACGGCUGGACCAUGGACGAAAUCGUGCGGGAGAUCGGCACCCGCUCCAACUGCACCUUCUGCGGGGUCUUCCGGCGCCAGGCGCUGGACAGGGGGGCGGCAUUGGUGGGUGCCCACAAGAUUGCCACGGGGCACAACGCCGACGACGUGGCGGAGACGGUGCUCCUCAACAUCAUCCGAGGGGAUGUGCCGCGGCUGGGGCGGUGCGCCAACAUCAUUACAGGAGAGGACUCAUCGCUGCCGCGGGUCAAGCCCUUCAAGUACACGUACGAGAAGGAGAUAGUCAUGUACGCCUACUUCAAGCGCCUAGACUACUUCUCCACAGAGUGCAUCUAUGCGCCGUAUGCGGCCCGCGGCUUUGCCCGAGAGUUUGUGAAGGACCUCGAGGCGGCCCGCCCCUCAGCCAUCGUGGACCUCAUCCGCUCGGCAGAGCGCUUCCGGGUGCCGGGCGCCAGCGGCAGCGGUACCGGCGGUACCGGCGGCAAGGGGACUGCGCUGCCGCAGCCGGGCAGCUGCCAGCGGUGCGGCUACAUCUCGAGCCAGCCUGUGUGCAAGGCAUGCAUGCUCCUAGAGGGUCUCAACAAGGGGUUGCCCCGCCUGGGGGUUAGCCGCACCAAGCGCGCGCCCAAGGCCGCCCCGGAGGCAGCAGCGGCCAGCAGCGGAGGGGGAGGAGGCGACGGCGGCGCAGGUGCCUGCGCCAGCACCCAGUGCGCGGCUGGGUGCAGCUGCCAGCAGCAGCGGCAGGCUGGCGCGGCGGCCGACCAGCCCGGCGGCGGCGGCAGCGGCAGCGCAGCAGCAGCCUGCUGUGGCGGCGGCGGCUGUGGCGGGAGCGCCAGCACGCGGGGUGCAGCGGCACCAGCAGCGGCAGCAGGCGAAGCGGCGGCAGCGCUAGAAGACGCGCCCCUAGCAGCGGCAUUGGCGUCGGCGGCAGGGGCGGCAGGCAUCAGGGAAGCGGCAGAGGCAGGGGGCGGGCACGCCUACCUGCAAAACAAGUCCAGCAUCGAGUCCCACCCCUCGGCAAGGCAGCUGGCCCAGUGA